UAAGAUCCAAGACUUGCAUCAAGUCCACUUAUUUUCAAUGAAAUUCCAAAUGAAGCGAUCCAUCAAGCAGAAGAAACGCCUUCUUCACGAUGUCCUUCAAUUCGAAUUGCAGAGGAUAAUAGCUCACUUCCUUGCAGCUUGUAACACGACCAGAAUUUUUGCUUAUAAAUACUCGAUUUUAGCCCGUUCGUCUUCAUCUCCUAGUUGUACUUUCUCUGUGCAGACAGCAGGGUUCGGAGAAAUCGGGAACAUGGGCAUCAAAGGUCUUCUGUAUAAUUUCCAUCUCUUUUCCUUGGUCUUGCUUUUUGUGGGUUUUCUAGGUUCCGUACAUGGACGGUUGCCUUUGAUUAAGAAACCCGACCCGGAUGAUGCUGCCGUCACUGCUCGUUGGUUGGUCUCUAACAACGUCUGGGGUGUCUUAAAUACCAUCUCAAGUGACUUGGGAGGAGCACCAUUUGGGAAUGUGGUUUCCUUUAGUGAUGGGCUACCUGGCAAAGGUGGUGGCAUACCAUUCUUCUACUUGACAACUCUUGAUCCAACUGCCAGAAAUGCAAUGGAAGACGAGAGGGCUUCUUUGACAAUCAGUGAAUACCCUAUAGGAACUUGUGGCAAUAAAGAUCCCGAGAAUCCCUCAUGUGCGAAAAUUACACUUAUUGGCAAGUUGAAGGUAGUUGACAAAAAAUCUAAAGAGGCAGAGUUUGCUAAAAGUGCCUUGUUCUCAAAGCAUGCGGAGAUGAAGGGUAAGUACGAGAAUUGAUACGUUGGCCUAUUGAUCAUGACUUCCAGUUCUUCAAGUUAGAAAUUGAGAGUAUAUUUUUGAUUGAUUGGUUUGGUGGCCCAAAACCACUCACGGUGGAGCAGUACCUGCAUCCUAAAAUGUGAGUACCACAUACCACUGAUACCAUGUUUGCAAAUGGCAGUCAUGCAGAAAAAAUGCAGCGAAGAAACGAAGUUAAUCGUAAUUCCUUUACUGUCACAUAAUCAAUAUCGUAUAAUAUUUAAAUGCUUAUUUAUGUUCACUGAUGCAUCUUCUACACUUACAUGAUCUGCUAGAAAUAGUUUGAUGUUAUUUCUCAGUGCUUAUAUAUAUCUCUACUAAUGCAUUUUCUUUCCCCAAACUCGUGCUUCUGACAUCUUCAGAAGCAAACUCGCUUUCCUUGUGGGAGCGCACAUCUAAUUGUCUCUUGCUCAUCUGCUCGUGCAUUGGAUGUUAAUGAAGUGUGUAAUAACGAUGUAAAUUAGAUAUAAUGAAUUCAUUGUAAAUAAGAUGUGAGGGUUGUGAUUUCUGAUUAUGUAAUUGUUUUACUUGUACAAUCAUACCGUCUGAUAAGAAUGAUCAAAGGCGGGGUAAAUUCUAGGUACAAGGUUUGUACUCACAAGCACUCAUUAUUCUUUAUUUCAAUAAUAUUCUGGAAAUGUAUCAGUUUACUGUA